AUGGGAAGGAAGGCGGCGCUGUCGUCGACACUUUCUAGAACGAGGACAUACGAAGACAUCAUGAAGAAAUCUGUUGGACUCGCACAGCAAGUUAUAACCGCUGUCGGGUGCGCAAAUGGUAACGGAGGAAGGCAUCUUGGCUGUGAACAUGCUGUGAAUGUUGUACGUAACUCGAAAUUCCUUUCGCAACUGCGAGUUCCUAUCCACUGGAAAAAUUUGAUCGAAGAAGUAGAGACCGGACGACAAUUCGCUGCUCUUCCAGGUGUUACACAGACGUGCAGGGAGCUAGCUUUUCAUACGAGGAACGCUAUCGAGAACAAGGAAGACCUAUUGGUGCUGGGAGGUGAUCACAGCUGUGCGAUAGGAACAUGGAGUGGGGUUGCAUCAGCAAUACGACCAUACGGUGAUCUCGGUCUCAUUUGGAUCGACGCACAUAUGGAUGCCCAUACGCCUUCGUCAACACCGUCCGGCAAUAUCCAUGGAAUGCCGGUAGCCCAUCUGCUCGGCUACGGCGACAAAAAUCUGAUCCGAAUCGGUGAUCGCCUGCCGAAAAUCCUCCCUCACAAUAUGUGCAUGGUCGGUAUCCGAAGCUACGAAAAUGGUGAACAGGAACUCCUUGAACGUCUCGGAGUACGUAUUUUCUAUAUGGACGAGGUAGAGCGACGAGGCAUCGCUGAAGUGAUGCACGAGGCCCUCUACAUGGUUACCAGAAAUACAGUUGGAUUCGGAAUGUCGAUCGACAUCGAUGGAUUCGACGUGGCCGAUGCUCCAGCUGUUGGUACACCGGCCGAGAACGGCAUCGUGGCCAGUGAGUUCCUCCGAGCAGUACUCACAUUGGACCUCUCGAAACUCCUCGCCACAGAAAUCGUGGAAUUCCUCCCGAAACUGGAUGACCCUCACAAGUCAAGCGAAAGGUUGGUUGUGAGCCUGAUGGAGUCAAUCUAUCUCACGAAAUUCUUUCAACACGAGACAACGGCCGCCAUUGAGCAACGAAUGCAAGCCAAUGCGUAA